CACACACACACACACACACACACACACACACACACACACACACACACACAGCCUAGGGGUCUGGGAGGACUCAGAGCUUUGGCGGCGAGAGAGGCCGGCUGAGCUGAGCCGGGAGGGCGGGGCCAGGGGAGGGGCAGGCAGGUAGGUGCCCUUUCCCAGGAGCUGCCACUCCGGAACGAAGUGGCUACUGCGUACCCAGCUCGUGCCGAAGACCUCACUGUCGGCUGCGGAGAUCCCAGCGUUUCCUCUGUACGCUCUUCCUGCCUUCGAAGCCAGCCUUGGACACCUGCUCUCGCUUCCCUCUGGUCCCGACACCUGGAUCUUGCCUUCGAACCCCAGCCCGAGGUCCCUUCCCUUGGGUGCCUGGUGUCUUCCCAGGGCCCCUCAUCCUGGGCCAUGGCCCAGAGGGCGGGCCUGGGGCCUAGGUGGCUGGAGGCUGUGGCUACUCUGCUUUUGCUUGGUUUAUUCCGGAACGGGAUGGCAACUGGGGCCGAAGCCUUCUGCGGCGUGGCCCCCCAAGCACGUAUCACAGGUGGUAACGAUUCAGCCCACGGCCAGUGGCCCUGGCAGGUCAGCAUCAGCUACGACGGCGUCCACGUGUGUGGCGGCUCUCUCGUGUCUGAGCAGUGGGUGCUAUCGGCUGCUCACUGCUUCCCAAGGGAGCACCGCACAGAUGACUACGAGGUCACGCUGGGGGCCCACAAGCUGAGCUACUUAAGCUCUGACGCCAAGGUCCUCAGGGUGGCGCAGGUCAUUUCCCACCCCAACUACCUCCAGGAGGGCUCUGAGGGUGACAUUGCGCUCCUCCAGCUCGAGCACGCCGUCACCUUCUCCCGCUACAUCCGGCCCAUCUGCAUCCCCGCGGCCAACGCCUCCUUCCCCACUGGCCUCCAGUGCACUGUCACUGGAUGGGGCCACGUGGCCCCCUCAGUGAGCCUCCAGGGCCUCAAGACACUGCAGCAACUUCACGUGCCACUGAUCAGUCGUGAGACCUGUAACUGCCUGUACAAUAUCAACGCCAAGCCCGAGGAGCCCCACUUUAUCCAGCAGGACAUGGUGUGCGCUGGCUAUGUGAACGGGGGCAAGGAUGCCUGCCAGGGUGACUCUGGGGGCCCACUCUCCUGCCAAGUUGGGGGCCGCUGGUACCUGGCAGGCAUCGUAAGCUGGGGUGAUGCCUGUGGGGCCCCCAACAGGCCCGGUGUCUACACGCUGACCUCCAGCUAUGCCUCCUGGAUUCACCACAAAGUGGCAGAGCUCCAGCCUCAGGUGGUGCCCGAAACCCAGGAGUCCCAGCCCGACGGCCACCUCUGCAGCAACUACGGGGCCUUCAACUCUGCCCCAGCCCAGGGCUUGAUGGGACCCAUCCUUCUGCUGCCACUAGGCCUGACCCUGGGCCUCCUCCACCCACAGCAUGACCACUGAGCUACUCACCCUGGGAGCUGACCUGCUUCUGGGACCUCCACAUCACACCCAAGGACAGAUGCCUGUUUCCAGGAUACCUGGGGCCCCCGCCCCCACACGCUGGGCCUGAGGCCUGACUUGAGCCACUCCUUCCUCCCAGGACCCUGUGGGAGUUCAAGGCACCAUCCUGACCUUUGAACCCACUCUUCUGGGUUGUUCUUUGGGACGGUAACCUCCACCACAGGAGUUUACUGCCUAGGAGUCUACUGGCUAGAACCUCUGGCUUACCUCCACCUGCUGUCCACAAGCCUAUCGGCUGGGCUCCUAUGGAGCCCCCAAGGACCCUCAGUGAUGGAAACGGGCCCUGGCUCCCCACCCAUUUCUAGAAGACUGCCCAGCUGACUGCUGCUGAAGGGCUGGCGGCAGCACCUCACCCGCUCUACUUAACGAGCCCCAUCACUUCACCCUCUCACUGUCUUCUGGGCUGGGGCUGCCUCUGGGCAGCAUGUUUUCAAGCACAGAAAAGGCCCCAAUCUUGCCUCAUUGGCUGCCAUGGCCACCUUGAGCCCUGACUCCUGGACUCCGGAGGACUGAGCCCCCACCGGAACUGGGCUCCAACUUGGAUCCAGGGUGGGGGGUUAGACAGCGCAAGAAGGAGUGAAAUGUUCUGAGCACAACUGGCUGUGUGUGUGCCGUGAAACGAGGCCCACCAGCUCUGGGCCUGUCUCUCCCACCUCCAAAGUCCAGAGCCACCAGCAGAACUUACUUUAUUAAAAAAAAUGG